AUGUCUGUGGAAUCAGUGAAUUCCGAGAUAGCUGAAUUGAAUGCCGAGUUGAAAGUGUGUUUGAAAGCCCUGAACAAUUAUGACAAGGAUGAGUUCUUCAUCGACCACCCAGUCUAUCGAUAUUUGGAUGCAACGGAUCAUGGCGCACGUAGGGAAUACUUGUGGAAAGACAAGGAACAAAAGGAGGAAGACUUGAGGAAAGAAAAGGAAGACUUGAGGAAAGAAAAGGAACACUUGAGGGAAAGAGAUAUGCACCUUUUGAGGGAAAGAGAUAUGCACCUAUUGAGGGAAAGAGAACUCCUCCUAUUGAAAGCUGUACCCCCUUCAACUCGUCCACCGCUUUCCCCAUUUUCAUCGAGAAAACCGUCCGAGGUGCCUCCAUCGACAGGAAAAGACAGGCCCAAUGCAACCACACCAAAGGAUAGUCCAUCCUCGAAUGAAGGGAAAAUCGAAGGUCUGAAGCAUGCGUCCGAUGACAAAAACACGACUAUGCAGUGCACUAGUCAUCCCUGUUGUGUGGAGCUCAUGAAAUUGUUGUACGCAACUAUCGAGGAACGGAACAAUAAGACAACAUCCUCAGACGCCCAGGAUGACAAGUUCGCAAUCGCUUCAAAGAUUGUCAUCGCAAAUAAAAAUCUCAUAGGUAAAAAGGACGCGGACACUCUCUCAAGUGAAAGGUUCUUUACAGGGCUCUUUGCGAAUGCAAUGAACGCAGUACUAGAUGAGGGUUUCACAACUCUCCAUCAAGCUUGCAUUGGUUCCGGCGCAACCCAUUCUGACCUUUCCGUUUGCCGUUUCAAGUCCGAGCCCAAAUGGCCGAUCACACUUUUGGUAGGUGAGGGGAAGAAAACGGCAGAACACCUCCGCAGAGACACACGAGGGCAACUGUUCAAUGAGCUUUUGCGUCAUCGGUCCAUCGAAUACAGUUUGAACAAAGAUCCACAUUAUUACGGACCUAUCCUUCUUCUUGCCUUUGACAAGAGUACGAUCGAUAUCGACUUGGCAUUCCCAUCCAAAAGAGGCGGGCAGCUUGAACGUGAUACUGCUGUCUUUUUCCACGAAGAAAUUGUAAAGGAAACGGAAACAUUUUGGACAGUACAAUUGCUCAGGACAAAGAUCUCUUCUCGAAACUAUGCUAAAUCGAAUCUUGCAAUCGUCUUGCAAUUUCUUUCUUCUGCAUUAAAACGGCUUGAUUCAUGGCAAUCAGAGGGCUUUUCCCGUGUUCACUUCAAGCUUCCAAUGCCAUUGUCCCUCAAUGACAAGAUUGAGCAUGCUAUAUACUACAAUGAAAAUGUUUCAAAGGUGACGCUAAUAGAUAGAAGAGUGCUCUUGUUCAAAGAGUAUUGCUACAACCUUCGCCAAGACGACCUUACUGGCAAUCAACUCCUCGAGCCAAUUAUUGACCAAAUCUCAAAAGAGGACCAAAGAGUACCACCGCCAGACGAACUACUACAAUGUCUUGGAGAGCCAUACAGUAGUGACUGGAAGGUUUAUACCGAGCCUUUUGGCUGUGUGCUGCAGUAUCCCUUUAUCGAUUGCAGUUCAAGCAGUCCAAACGUUCUUGGUUGGAUACAGAUUCUCUGUCAAGUUGCCAAGAUGCACACGGCCGGAUAUGUUCACGGAGACUUGCUUCCUCGAAACGUCCUGUUUGGCAAGAAGAAUAGUGGCUUUUUGAUAGACUUUGACCUUUCGAGAAAGGAAAACAAGCCAUACGUCAGAGGUUUCAAUUUUGCAGAUUUUGAAGACUUUCGUCAUCCCGAUGCAAAGCCUUGCAAACAGAUGAAAAAGAUCCAUGACGUUCAUUCACUUUGCCAAAUCAGCCAUUACUUUUUUGAUUUAGGAGAAAAGCCAAUACAAGAGGGGAUCACCCUGAAAGGUCUCAUUGCGCAUUUUAAAGCCAAUGAGAAGCUUCCGGUGAAUGCCAUAGAGGAGAGCAAGGACUCAAGUGGCAGUCCAAACAGGUAG